UGCGGCCUAUAGCAACACGGGUAUCCUAGUGGGAGUAGCGGUGGUAUAUAAAUACUGCAAAAGUCGGCCACAAGCUCCAAGCCACGGCCCAAUCGCCGGCCGACACUCACAAGAACCUGCCUCCCUCUGGAUCGCUAUCUCUUUUCUAGUGCCCAGGGAAAGCUAGCUAGCUCACAGUCACAGCUGAGCUGAGGGAAGAAAGCAAGGAGAGGGAGCCAGGGAGGAAGGGGAAAAACACGCGGAGAGGGUGAGCAAGAAAGAACCGAGGCGGAUCGCCUUCUGUUCCUCCUGCCGGCUCCGCGAGAGGAGGCACUGCUCAGGCAGGUGCUGCAACUGAUUCCAGUUUUCACGCACAAAGAUUCCACCUUUCUCCAAUCCUAUGUUCAUCGUAUUUGAUCUGCAGCGACGAUAGGAGUUCCUGUUCAGAGCAAGAGACAGAGAAAUCGUUUAAUAAUAAUCGUUACAGUGCUCUCGGAAUCUUUAUCGUGUUCGGACUGAGAUGCCCAGAAAGGCAAAAAGAAAUCUAACCUUUCUUUCAGUCCCGUGAUUCCUACAGGGGGGAAGAAAGAGGUGGAACAACGCCCCGGGGCAGAGCAGAGAUGAUGCGGGAGACGUACAUGGACGUGCUGCCGCCGGUGGACCACAUAGCCGCACGGAGCAACUGGUUCCCGGCGGCGGCGCGUCUGUGGACGGCGGCGGAGAACAAGCAGUUCGAGCGGGCGCUCGCCGGGCUCGACCUCUGCCGCCCGGACUGGGAGGAGGUGGCGCGGGCCAUCCCCGGCCGGACGGUGCGCGAGGUCGUCAGCCACUUCAAGCACCUCGAGGUCGACGUCCAGCAGAUCGAGAGCGGGCAGGUUCCCUUGCCGGCCUACGGCGGCGGGGCCAGCUCGUUCACCCUGCAGUGGGACGGCUACGGCCCCGGUCCGGGGGACUUCAGGCACGGGUACCGCUUCGCCGGAGGCUGCGGGAGGCGGCACCACGGCCGCACGCCGGAGCAGGAGCGGAAGAAGGGCGUGCCAUGGACGGAGGAGGAGCACAGGUUGUUCCUCCUAGGCCUGAAGAAAUACGGCAAGGGGGACUGGAGGAACAUAUCGCGCAACUUUGUCCAGACCAGAACGCCUACUCAGGUGGCCAGCCACGCGCAGAAGUACUUCAUCAGGCUCAACUCCGGCGGCAAGGACAAGAGGAGGUCCAGCAUCCACGACAUCACCACGGUCAACCUGACGGACGACCAGCCGCCCUCGCCGUCCCAGUCCUCCCUGAUCACCAGCCAGUCGAACGCACCAGCUCCAUCUCCAGCUCCGGCUCCAGCCGCGGGGAUAUGCCAGGUCCCAUUGGCGGCCGACGUCAAGCGACACGGUGCCGGAACUCUGCCCUUCAGCUCACCGAACCGGACCUCUGCGGUACCGGCCUACAGGAUGGAGUUUCAUGACCAACAAGGCCUGCAGUGUGGCCCUCUGCAUGAUCAGUUGCUCGCCAGCCAGAGCGUCCUGUUCUAGGCGCGGUGGCAGCCCACCCUGCGCCAUGGAUCGACCAGGUGCCUAUUGUAUAAUACUUGUGGUAUCGCUGUAGCUUCAGCGCCUGUAUUGAAGGGAUUAGCCUUUCGGGAGCAUAACAGAAAGGAGAUCUUCAUUUCAUGGUGGUCCAUAAUUUGUUGGAGAAUGUAACAAAAAGAACGCCGAGAAUUCGAUGCCAUGGUAUUUUCAGACUGUUGCUCGAGUGGUACGGCUGGAAAUGUAUCAUGCAUCCUAUGAAGUGGACUUGCAUUCAAUCAUGGAUGAUCCUAUGAAGUGUCAGUUAACCUUGGUUGUGACCAUCUGAUUCUGCUGCUGUCUCUGAAGAUGGUGCCUUAUAUUGAGGCCUUCAGAGUUCAAACCAUUAUGUAGUGUCCAGACAUAUUUAUCCGUAGUAAUCAGUUUGCCUAUUGGUGCCUGCCUGCCUCAAUCUAUGUUUGGAGUUUGGACAAGUUUAAUUUUCUCGGAUGAACGAAUUUCUGUGAAGAGAAGAUAAACGAAGCUGAGUUUGCAAUGA